AUAGAGGCGCUCCAACUUCCCAAUUACGCACAAGAGUGACGCGCAGGCGGGGGCUAAAUCCACCACACACACAACGGGGAAAAUAAGGAAUACUUAGAGCCGUGGCACAAGGAAUUACACCGUCUCGGUCAUCAUCUUUGAAACUCUGUGCUUGUUUUUGGUUCUCCUGUGGAAGUAUGGACAUCGUGAGGACUUUCCCCGUUGCGCUCCUGCUGCUCUCCGCCUUGGUGGUGCCCAGACUGGCCAGUGGUGCUGCAGUGGACAGGUAUGAGAGUGACAGGCAGCGGCACACAUCCGUCAUCAACCUCCUAGGCACAACCAGAAACCAGAGGGAGGAGGAGGACCACAGGAGCGGUCCCACCACAGUAGAGUAUGCUCACGGAGGUCAGGAGGAGGACUACGAUGAGGAAUACUACUACGAUGCCGAGUAUGAGGAUGGCCUGUCUGGAGAAUAUGAGCUGGAACUGCCUCGAGUUGCCAUGUCAAGCAAACCCAGAGACCCAUCGUCCAUCUUAGAGGCUGGUACCACUGAAGAAAAAAGGAGAAGAAAGGGAAGAAAGAAGGGCAAAGGCAAGGGGAAGAAGAGGAACCCCUGCUUGAGGAAGUUUAAGGAUUACUGCAUUCAUGGCACCUGCCACUACCUGAGGGACAUCCACGCCCCAUCCUGUGUGUGCCGCCAGGAUUACUCCGGUAAAAGAUGUGAGUUUUUCAUUCUGCCUUCGCAGAGCAAGGAGGGCUACAGCCGGAGUACGGCUCUGGCCGUGGUGGCGGUGGUGCUGUCGUGCGUCUGCCUCACAAUCAUAGGCCUCUUAUUGAUGCUCAGGUUUCACAAGCGGGCGUCGUAUGACGUAGAGAGUGAGGAGAAGGUCAAACUGGGCCUGGCGUCCAAUCACUGAGGAGGCAAACAGAG